AUGCUGCUUGGCCAGAUUGUGGCCAUCAGUUUUGCUACAAACCUCUUCAUGCUCACCUUACUAUUGAGCCCGCCGGCACCAGCUCCAUCGUCAUAUGGUUCGCGCCGGCAAACGUGGCUAGGUCUAUGGCUCCUAAACCUUUUCGCCAUCUUCGCAACUGCUUAUCCCGCGAUGCAACUAGCAGAUGAACACUACUGGCAUCACCCUACACACUUCAUGCCGGUACUCAUGGCUCCACACAUCGCUUUGAUGCUCUUGCCCAUUGCACGCGCUGUUGUACCGGCCUCAUCCUUCAUCGAGGAUAUCCAAUUCACCGAUAAGGUCUACAACUACAUGUGGGCACUAGUCCUAGGGAAUGCCGGACUGAUGCUGGCAUGGACUACCGCAACAGCGUAUGCCUAUGGUGGUUUUGUGGGAAUCCAAAGUGCUCUGCUAGAACACCCAGCAGUGAGCAGCGUGGGAUUCGAUGUCAUCUUCUGCUGGAUCACAUGGGCCUGUUGGUACUGGACGCAACCAAAACCUGCUUAUGAGGGUGUAUCGCGGGACUCGGCCGAGAGGAGGAGCGCACAUGCUGACGACGAGCCGGCCACUGCGCUGGGUGUCAGUGGAUAUGAUGGCGGAGCAAGACAUCGCUAG